AUGGAAGAAGUCAACAUUAACAACAUUUCACAGGACAAAAACGGCAGCCUCACCUAUGAUUUUAAUGAAGAAGUUGGAUUCAUUAUGACAGUGGUGACGAGCAUAAUCAUUUGUAUCGGCCUUCCUUUGACCCUUGUGGCCAUCUAUGCUAUUCGUUCUCUGGUGAAAAAUGAUCAUGUUGCUCCAGUCUACGUCAUCAAUCUUCUAAUUUCCGACCUCAUUCAGCUCUGCUGCAUGAUUGUUUGGGUGGCACAACCUGAGGGCAGCAAGAUAUACAAAAUCAUCUUUAUUAUUUACUACUCUGGUCUGGUGGCCAGUGUUUGCUUCAUGUUGUGCAUCGCCCUGGAAAGGUAUUUGGUCAUCGCCUGCCCACUGUGGUACCGCUUCAGACGAACCAUCAAGGUCUCUCUGGUGGUCUGUGUCGUGGUCUGGGCCCUUCCUCUUAUCUGUGUAAUCACUUUAGUUUUCUGGGAUUUUGUAGAGGUCGCAGACACCAUCUGUGCCAUCUUUUUCCUCCUUCCUUUCCCACUGUUCAUUUUCUUUCUGGGUGGGACCCUCAAAGCCCUGUCUGCUUCCAUCUCUGUCCACGCUGAUGAAAAACGACGAAUUGUAGGAAUGUUGGUCCUGGUGCUGCUUAUUUACAUGCUGCUAUUUCUGCCCAGCAUCAUUUGGCUCCUGGCAGAACGAGACAGGUAUAACAAUACUUCAAAGGACCUGUCUUCUGUGUUUCUUAGGUUGAGUCCUCUUGCAGAUUUAAUUCUGUAUGUUUUCAUGAGGAAAGGGACCACUGACAAGCUGUUGGCCUCUGUGUGUUGUUGCAGAAUGGACAGCGAUGAUAUCAGCAGUUCAACAGUAUAA